AUGAUAGAAACGGAGUCUAUUAACCACUUGAUAACUGCGUUAAACGGUUCAUCGGUGAUUUCCUCGACCGUUGGUGAGUCGCAAGUUCUUAACAAUAUUGUCUACUACUUGCCACGUAUCCGAGAUUAUCAACUCUUGGCUCAGCUAAUACAUGCCUCGUUCCACUGGAAGCCACAGAAGCUUACCAUCUGGCAAGUAUUUGAAGCAUCGUCUGCCGUUAUGAAAUGGAAGUUAGAGAUCUCGGAACCGCGUUUGAGCAUCCAUAAAUUCGUUUCGCUUUGGAAACAGGAACUCGAAUCAUGUUCUGCACUCAACAUUUUCCAGCUUGCAACUUUAGCUGGUCUUAUCAGUUGCAGGCAGCAGCUUGAGGUUUUGCAGGAGCAAUUGUUUAUUGAUGAUUCAGGAACAGCAAGUGAGGAGUUGAAAGAUAUUAAAUUUCGUCAUUUCAUGCCGUAUUGGAAUCAGUAUAUGAAUAUAUCCAAAGGUGACCAUCGGUUGAUUGACGAUUUAUGUAUACUUUAUUCCAUGGUUCAUAUGCAGUCCGAUUAUGUUGCGUCAAAUGAGCUGUUAUUCCAAAGUCUUUUCAACAUUCUAAUGACAUACAUUAAUAACGGCGAUACAGAGUACCAUGGACCAAAUGCGUUCGCUUACAAACAUUUGAACUUGAUUUGUCAAACUUGUGAACAUAGCAUAUCUAACACACACAAUCGAAGGCUGCUCAGGAGUAAAUUGGAGGAAUUAUGCAGAAUCAUGGGUGCUUUAUCUGACAAAGAAACACUGACUGGUAGGAAAAAAUACACAGAUAAAUACUACAUCAACAUUCUCUUUAUUGUGGUUAUUCUACUAUCUGGGUAUAAACCUUCAGCAGAAGUCGUGCAUGAGAUUACGAUGACGUUAUUCUAUACAAGUUUUAUUUUACAAGACUUUGGACUAGAUGGAUUUACCAAAUAUCAGGAGCUCAUAUAUUCCGUAUGUGGCAGGAUUUGUCAGGACUUCGAUAUCUUCGAUCAGAUACUAAAAGAAAUGAUUUCUAAAAUGCAAUUUAAUAUGGAUAAUAAGAUUUAUCACUCCAAGCUGAUGUUCAUCUUGGAGUAUUUGCAACUCAAUUUGGCAGAAUUGAAGAUACCUGACGCAUGCUAUCUUGAAGAAAGAAUUGAACCUCUUGUUCGACCAUACCUCGAUUCUUCCGAUGUUAAACUUCGGGAAAGCGCACAUCUUGUAUGGCUUGAAGUGUUUAAUAAUGAAACCUGGAAAGCAGAUGUCACAAACUUUAAACUCAAAAGAUUGAGGCUAUACUUACAUGAUUGUUUCAGACAAUGCAGUGCAUCUUUAAUGACAGAAAAACAAUUAAUUGUAAUUUGGAAAAGCAUACUUCCAACUAUAAGAUAUCUUUCUAAUUAUGACAAUGACUUAAUCCGGGAUCUAAUUCAUUCGACCUAUAUUAGAAUAAUCAACACUGAAAAUUUACAAAUGAAAUCCACUAGCAUACAAUGUCUCAUAGAACAAUUCCACAAUGUGCCUGAUGAAUACUUAUGGGAUUGGUUAGAUGCAUGUAACGAAUUAGCCCGAACUCUUCCGCCUCUAAUGAAAGAACAUAUCAUUACUAAAUUAUGGGAGUAUAUAUCACAUUCUCACAAUGAACUAGCAAUUAGAUGGUGGUAUGAUAGGAUAGUUCCAAAUUUAUCAAGAAUUUGA